UUGUGGCUGGCUGGCUGAGGUUAAAUGUAGCAGUAGUUUAUUUUUUUCUUUUUCAGUUUGCCUGAAUUCUCAUUGGUUCUGGCUUGUGUACACCAAAUUUACAGGAUUUUUGCUAAGAGAAUUUGAUAAAAACAACAAAAGUCUUAUAUCCUGAGUAUUCAAAUGAUUUUCUUGCAGAGAGUAACACGGUGAACUGACUGCUGGUUAAUGCAGCUGAAAGGCCUGAGAGACUGAAACCGAAUCACACACGACAGGAAACAGACUGCAAGGAGAAAGAAGAAAUGCAGAAUCCUUAUGCUGCAGUUGAGGCAACAAGGCAGUUCUGUGGGGAGCACAAACAGAGACUGGAGUUGUUCUGCCAGGAAGAUGAGACCUUUAUCUGUGUCCUUUGUGUUCCCACACAUUCUAGCCACAGUUUUGUGUUCCUGCAUGAGGUAGUCAGUGUGUAUAAGGAGAAGAUGAAAAUGGCUUUAGCAUCUCUAGAAUUGAAAGUUAAAGAAUGUAAAGCAUGGCAAAGCAAGCAAGAGAAAGAAAUGACGGGCAUACAGGAAGAUGCUUUCAGUUUAGAACAAUAUAUAAAACAAGAGUUUGCCAAACUGCACCAGUUUCUGCAAGACAAAGAACAAAAACUCAUCCAGCAGCUUAGGAGUGAUGAAGCAAACAAUCUGAGUGAAACAGGUCAUCUUCUUGAUUGCAUUAAAGAUGAUAUAAUUGCAUCACAUGUGUCUGAUGUUACCUUGAAGCUCAAGCAUAAAGAAGUGGUGACUGUGAAAGAGAUGGAAGAAAAGUUCGAAUGCUUUGAAAAUGAUGUUAUGUCCACUCAGGGGACAUUUGACAGUAGUUUGAAGCUCAGUCAAAAGGAACCUGGGAGAUUGCAACCAGUAGCAGAAGCUUUUGAGAAUGUUACUGGGACAUUCCCAGAAAAGGAGCAUAACAUGUUAAAAAAACAAAAUAAAGAUCUGUAUAGAGAAGUGUUGGUCAGUAACUACGAAAUCCCAGUUUCAGAAGGUACCAGAAGCACAGAAUGCAAUGUGAGUUGUAGUCACCAGCCAUCAACUGGAACAUCCCAGUUACUUUACCCAACUGAGAACUUGCAGCAGUGUGGUAAGCCAAUGAAGGGCUGUAAGAAGUCUCAACUCAAUCAUGUGAUACAGCGUCUCUUAGAACGUAACAGCAAUAAGAGCUCUGAAUGUGACACAAGUCAGGAAGUUUAUAUGGAGAAGAACCUAUAUAAAUGUACUGAAUGUGGUAAAGGCUUCACACUCCUUGGUAGCCUUUUGGAGCAUAAUGCCACUCACACAGAUGAGAAACCUACACCAGUUGAAGAAAUUAAAGCAAGAGAGAAACCAUAUAAAUGUACUGAAUGCAGUAAGUGUUUCGCACACCUCAGUUUUCUUCAAAGGCACCAAGUCACUCACACAGGAGAGAAGCCAUACAAAUGUCCUGAUUGCAGUAAGAGCUUUACAGCUCUCUGGAGCCUUCGAUACCACCAAGCCAUUCACACGGGACAGAAACCAUAUGAAUGUGAGGAAUGCAAUAAAUGUUUUAUAAAUAAAUCACAUUUAAAAUACCAUCAGAGCACACAUAAGGGAGAUAAACCAUACAAAUGUACCGAAUGCAGUAAGUGUUUCACACAGCUCCGGAUUCUUCAACGACAUCUUGCUGUUCAUACAAGAGACAAACCACAUAAAUGUACAGAAUGUGGUAAGAGUUUCAAACAUCUCAGUAGUCUUCAAAGACAUCAAGUCCUUCACACUAUGUGAGUCAAAAAAAUCUCACAAACACAACACUGACAUAGAAACUAUAUUUCAUGUGUCAUGCUGAAAGUUAAAUAAAAAAAAAAUAAGACUAGCUGCACAGUUUAUAGGAUAUAAAAGUGCCCACUCCCAAUUGUAUGGACUGAUGACAGGACUGGAAAAAAGGCAGGAUAAAAUCACCUAAACAUGGAAACAUUCCUACCAUAGGGCUAGGUCACACUGAGGGUGUGCCCUUAGGGCAGAAGGAAGAAGCAGUCCACAAAAUAAAAAAAUGUAAAGUCAAGCAAGAGACAUAAAGACAAUAAAGUAGAUGGUUUAGCAUAAGAAAAAGAUUAUGUAUUGUUACUAGUAUUCAACAAACUCAGAAUUUCUAUACAAAGGAUAUAUAGCAAGGAUAAGAAAGAAUUAGAAGAAAGAAAAAUAUUUGUACAGAAAAAAAGUUAAAAGCUACUGAUAAGAAUUUAAGAGUCUUAAUGCAACAGAUCAGAGCAAAACAUUAUCCAGAUAAAGAAACAUUGGGCCUCCUGGAAAAUGAAGUGAGAAAAGAUAAAGAACAAAACUCGAAAGUUGUACAAACAGAAACGUGGACACGAGAAAGAAAGAAAGAGAGGCCUGAUACACUGCAUUAUUUUUGCAGAGAAGAAAGCCAUACCAUACUAAUUUGAAGAUAUAUGUGGGAAAAGACAUCUGAGCAUGUUAAAUUUAAGAAUAAAAAUAAUAACUUCACUUGAUAAAAAUAUUUAGCAAUGAAGAAAGGAAACUGAAAUUAAAGUGGUAGGCCAACUACAAAUGGAUGGAUUUAGUGGACAUUUGGAUGCAGUCAAUAUUGCAACUUGAUGGAUAGGUGAGGGCCCAGAUGGUGGUGCUGCAGACAGAGUGGGAUGUAUCUUGGGGAAGAUAUACCACAGGGUGACAUUUUGGAGUCUGCUUUUUUGACUGACAUGUAUGUUCAGUCAAGAUUGCACAAGGGAAACAGGAGGAAACACAAAGCAAAGAAGCAUAUAAGAGAAUAAUCAAAGAAAAUACCCGCUUGAUUUAACAGAAAUGGACAUGCAUUAAGAUAGAUGAAAGAGACUGCAGAAAGUGAAUACAAUCCCACACAUUAGAAGACUGGUAAAACAGAUGAACACAGUAAUUGGGACCGUUAAGAAAAAUUCAUGUGCUAUAACAGAAAUAAAUAUAUUACUGUGUAGCUGAACUAAUAACCAAUAAAGUACUGCCACAAAAAUGUAGAGUAACCAAAGAAAUUAAGGGAACAACAAGAACGCCAUCAUGAAAGAACUAAACUGAAAAAAAUACAUAAAGCUGCUAAGGUAAGAAGUAUCACUAUCAUAACAAUGCAGAAAAGGGAAGAGAUCAUCAAAAUAUGUUACAAAGAGAAACUUAAAAACAUAUUAGGAUGUAUCACAUACUUUCUUCAGUAAUAAACUAAAAAUAUCAGAGCAAGCAGAAACUAAUUCGAAGAUAUAUAAAUAUGAAGGAAACGUACAAAACAAGAAAUUUAUUGAAUGCCCAAAAUGAUUUUAUAGAGAAUUGAGAAGAAGAAAUUGAUACAUUUUGGAGAAGUGAUUAAUAAAACCCUGUUGAGCAGUACAAAGGCACCAAAUGAAUAGAGGAGGCAAAAGAAACAAUAAGAACUAAUAGAGAGGAUAUGAAAUGGAAUAAAGUAAGUCAGAGAAACUGAUCCAAAUAUAAACAAAAUUCCUAAGAGGAAAACACUUGACUUCUGGUUAAAGGUAUUAUAAUUUUUACACAAAAUUUUAGUUCCAAGUAAAACUUGUUUAUAUGCAUAUCCCAAACCAACGCCAGCCUGGUUAACAACAGAAAAAAUCAUACUCCUCCUUAAAAAUGAACCUGAAAGCUGUUCUAAGAACUAUAGAUCAACACCUUGCCUUACAACAAUAUAUAAAUUAGAUACUGGAAUUGAAGCUCACGGAUUUAUAGAAGAAGAAGAAAAAUCAGUCAUAGCAAUAAAACAAAAAUGUAAUAAGAAAAAGUCAUAUGGAACAAAUAAUCAUCAUAUAUUGUUAAACAAAGUCAUAAUGAAAGCUGUAAAAAGGGGCAGAAUCCAAGUAUGGCAUGGAUAGAUUACACAAAAGUAUUUGACUGCAUCCCACUUUUGUGGUUUAUGGAGGUGUAAAAUGUACCAUACAUUGAUCAAUAAGAUAACAGUAACUAUGAGGCAAACAACUUUACAAUGGAGCCAAUAUGAAGGACUGAUUAUUAUCCCAGGGAUGAUGAUCCAAAGGAGAGUUUUUCACAGUGAUUGCAUUGCCGUUAACCCAAUAAUCUGUUUACUUAAGCUGUAACCAUAGCAUAAUAUGUUAAAUUCCAAAAAACAAUCUUGUUGAAAGAUAUUCCUCUACUUUCUUUGGAUAAUUUAAAAUGGUUUUGCUCUUCACAGAAGCAUAUGUAAUCCUUCGAGCUUUCUGCUUCACUAGUUGAGUAUAUAUUUUCUGAAUUUUUUCGGGAUGAACUACAAUAUCUGUUGUUUAUAAUCAAAAAUUAUAAACCCACACUUUCUAAUUAAUAAAAGAAUGACAUUUUUAUCUUGAUAAAUGUGAAAAUUCAGCUAUUAUAAUAUGAAGACUGAGGCACCAAGAAAAUAUCAAUCUGGGACAGGAAUGUGAUAUAAAGGAAUUUGAACAGGCGACUGUUUAUAAAUAUUUGGGAACAGGUGUAGAAUCAGCAGUAAAGUAUAAACACAUGAGAACUGAGUGCUAAAAAGCAAAAGAAAGAAUAUAAAGAAAUGGACCAGAAAUGAAGAAAAGUGGAAAGUCCACAAAUAUAGUGGCAGUGAUCUUCUGGAACAACCAAAUGUUUACCAAAGUUUGACACCAGAAUGGUUUAGGAAAAGUGAGUUGAAACCAAAAGAUGAAAGGCUAAUAAUGGUAGCCCAUGAUAAUGGGUUAUGUAGAGGUUGAUUUGCAAAGUCCAUUAAAAAAGAUGAGAAACCAACAAAGACAGAUUCUGUAAAUUACAACUGGAAAGAGUUGUGCAUCUCUUUACUGGGUGUGUGAUACACUCUUGACAGGGUAUACUGAAAGGCACACUAAUGUGACAAGACUGCUGCUGAGAAAUGUACAAAUACUACAAUGUAGAAGGAGCCGAGUAGCAUUGCGAACAUGAACUACAAAGCAAUAUUGACAAUGAAAACAUUUAUAUCACAUGGAAUCACCCAUUAUCAACAGUCCAAAAUAAAUGCAAGUAAACCAGAUGUAGCACUCUAAUAGAAAAAGACAAAAAACAUUGUUGAUCUUUGAAAUUGCUGCACCCAGUGAUUUGAGUAUCUUAUGUACCAAGAGACACAGUCUUAAAAUAUCAGGAUUUGCAGGAUGUGAAGAGAGAUACCCAUGCAGUUUCAAUAGUAUUAGGAGGAACAGCAUUACUAAAAAAAGAAUUUAUAGUCUUAAGUAUGCUACCAAUACAUGUAAGCCCAUAUGAAAUGCAGAAGGCGGCAGUCCUGGGCACAUUCUAGGUGCUGAGAAAAGUACCCUGUGCUAAAAUCAAAAACUGGAGAAGUAUUAAUUUUUAUGAACUUUAAUCUUGCCCUGCCUUAGGAAUCUGGUCCAUUUCUGUCAGUAGUUGAAACCCAAAACAUUUGAAGAAAAAUAAGCAGAAAAGUCGUAAUGGAAAGAAGGAAUUAAACAAGAAAAAGAGAGUAAUGCUGCUGGAAAAGAAUUCAUCCUCAAGCCUUGGUGAGACUCUAUGUGGUGGAGAUUUUUACAAAAUCUCACUAUAGACUAUUUCAUAUGUCAUGGAGAAAUGUUAAGAAAGAAAAGAGAAAACUGCACAAGUUCCAGCACAACAUAGUGCUCACUCCCGAUAUAGAUACUACAUCCAGGACUGGAAAAAAUGACAGUGCAGAAUCAUCAAAACACGGAAACGUUUCUACUGCAGAGAAAGCCAUGUUAUAAGGGUCCACCCAUAGAAGAAGGAAACAGCAAUUCAUGAAAAACGCAAAUGAUUGGCCAAGAGACAUACAGACAAUAAAGCGGAUUGUUGAGGAUAAGCAAAAGAUUAUCCCUUGUUUCAUUUAUGCAACAAACCCAUAAUUUCUAGAAAGAGGAUGUAUACCAAAACUCAAGAAAAAGAUGAAAAAAAAAAAUUACAUUAGAAAGCUGUUAAAAACUAAAGGUGAAAAUGUUAAGAUAAUGUCCAGAGCAAGAUUCAAGCAAAAUAUUACAUUGAAGUAUUUGGCCAGCUAUGCAAAAGAUGCAACUGAGUAAGGGAUACAAGAACUAGAGCAAAAAAAAACAGAAGCUACUAAAAUUCAUUAAAAAAUGCACAAAUUAGAAAAGAAAGAUAGAGCUGAUAUGGUAUCAUAUUUAUUCAGAAAAGGAAUCAGUAUUAACCAGUAUGACCUCUGCGACCUGGAAAUAUUUGAAGAUAUAUACAGUCAAAGACAACAGACAUGGUACAUUUUACAAAGAAAAGAAUAAAAACACCAAAGCAGAAUUUACUGAGAAUCAGAAUAUUUAUUGAUAUGGAAAAGAAAAAAAAAUAGAAAUUAAAAUGACAAGUGAAGAGUUUAGUCUGGAGAUUCCAAGACCGGCAGUAUCACAGCAUGAUGGUGUAGUAGAUAGAACAGGACACUUUGGAGAAGAUGCAGCGGAAUGUGACAUGAUAGAACAUUCUGCAGGAAACAUGAGUGAAAGUACAGAUAGAUUUGUACAGCAAGGGAAAAAGAGCAAGAGACCAAAAAGGAUGCUCAUAGCCAAGAAUUGAAUGAUCUAAGGGAAAACCUGCUUGAAUAAAAAUGGACAGAUGUAUUCAGAUACGAAAAUGAGAUUACAGAAAGACAAUAAGAUUUUUAGGUGUUCGAAGACUGAAAAAGCAGGCAAACACAGUAAUUUUGGACUAUUAAGAGAUAGUAUAACGCUGGGAAAAUAAAUUAAUAGUGGAUAAAAUACUAUCAUGAAAACAAAGAGUAACAAAAGAAAGGAAGGAAACUACUAGAAUGCCACAAUGGAAGCAUUGAAUAGAGAGAACUAAAAAGCAACUAAGACAAAGAAGUAUCAUUACUAGAAAAAUAUAGAAAAGAGAAUAGAUCAAAAAAGAAAGAUAGAUUUGAUAAAGGUAAGAAAAGUGAAAAGAUCGGGAUUUAUCUUGUACCAUCUCUAACAAUAAACGUCUUCUUCUUCUUUCGGCUUUUUCCCAGUUAGGGGUCAUCACAGCGGAUCAUUUGUCCUCUCAUGAUUGGCA